GCCCCACGCCGGAAGUUCCGGUGGCGGAUCGCCGACCGGGCGGAGCUGAUCGCUGCGCGGGCUGCGGGAGCUAGGUGGCUGGGCGCGGAGCCCAAGCCGUGCCGCGCGGCGCCAUGAAGGGCAAGGAGGAAAAGGAGGGCGGCGCGCGGCUGGGCACUGGCGGUGGCAGCCCUGAUAAGAGUCCGAGUGCGCAGGAGCUCAAGGAGCAGGGGAACCGGCUCUUCGUGGGCCGCAAGUACCAGGAGGCGGCGGCCUGCUACGGCCGCGCCAUCACCCGGAACCCACUUGUGGCAGUGUACUACACCAACCGGGCCCUUUGCUAUCUGAAGAUGCAGCAGCCUGAACAGGCACUCGCUGACUGCCGGAGAGCCCUGGAGCUGGAUGGGCAGUCUGUGAAGGCGCAUUUCUUCCUGGGGCAGUGCCAGCUAGAGAUGGAGAGUUACGAUGAGGCCAUUGCCAAUCUGCAGCGAGCCUAUAGUUUGGCCAAGGAGCAGCGACUCAACUUUGGGGAUGACAUCCCCAGUGCCCUUCGCAUUGCGAAGAAGAAGCGCUGGAACAGUAUCGAGGAACGACGCAUUCACCAGGAGAGUGAGCUGCACUCUUAUCUCACCAGGCUCAUUGCUGCUGAGCGAGAGAGGGAACUGGAAGAGUGUCAGCGGAACCAUGAGGGUGAUGAGGAUGAUGGCCACGUCCGGGCCCAGCAGGCCUGCAUUGAGGCCAAGCACGAUAAAUACAUGGCAGACAUGGAUGAGCUCUUCUCUCAGGUGGACGAGAAGAGAAAGAAGCGAGAUAUCCCUGACUACUUGUGUGGCAAGAUCAGCUUUGAGCUGAUGCGGGAGCCCUGCAUCACACCCAGUGGUAUCACUUAUGACCGCAAGGACAUUGAGGAGCACCUGCAGCGUGUGGGCCACUUUGACCCUGUGACCCGGAGCCCUCUGACCCAGGAACAACUCAUCCCCAACUUGGCCAUGAAGGAAGUCAUUGAUGCAUUCAUCUCUGAAAACGGCUGGGUAGAGGACUACUAAAGCCAUGUCCUGCCUGGCACCCUAGCCCAGGAGGGUCUGGAGACAGAAGCUCCAGUUCCUGUAUAUAGCGUGUGUCCCUGGGCCUGCCCCCAUCAGUUCUGCUGACGGGUUCUGAACUGCUCCCUUUCUCAGCAUACCCCUUGCUGGGCCAUGAGCCUUCCCUGUCCCCCUUCUGGGCUGGAAAGCGGGUGAGGGUGGGCUUAGGUUGCUGCUGCUGCCACUGUCCUGUAAUAAAGUCUGUGAGCACUA